UCUGAGCGCUGGGAACUGAGCGUGCAGUUCCCGUCCUGACAGUGGUGGUGUAUGGAGGUGGUGCCUUCCGGCGCAUAGUUUGCACCGGAAACGACCUCCCCAGGUCUGCAGUCUGACUCUUGGAGACACAUUUAGUUAAACGCUUCUACAGUCUGUGCUUUUGCCAGCUAGGCGCUUCAUCUUUGCCACCAUCUUAAAACCCAGUUUCCGGUUCCUUCAGUAAACCUGCGGCAGCAACGGCGCUCACACAGGACGGCCUCCAGUCAGGCUGAAAACUACUCAUCAUGGAGACAACAGUUGAUAAGCUUGAGGCGAUGCUGAAUGUCUUUGCAGUUUCUGAAGUCAGAGGCUGACCUGGAAUACAUUGAGAAACGGCUGAAGCUGGACUUCAUCAACAGAACUGCAGAAAAUGGAUGUUCUGCUGAGGAGAACCCGGCAUUGAUGCUGGAAAACCUGAGGGCCCUCAAGGCCAAACACACAGCGUUGUGCUCUGAGGUGAAGGAGAUCACAGCUGCACAGAAAGAAUCCAUGGACUCCAUCAAAAACAAUCUUGGCAAUGUCAUGAAGCUGAUCCAACAUUUACAACAGACCACUGAUGUGAAGGUUGAGCCACUGACGAAGUCAGAGCAAGAUGCAGCAGAGAACCUUGCUUUAGCUUUAAGUCAGACCACUACAGAACAGAAGUUCAGUGUGCCUUCACUUUUGCACCAAGGUUCUCAGUGAAAGUGGAACAAACUGAUUUGUUUAUCUGUAGAGCCUGGAGUAGGCUUUGUAGAUUUGUAGAUCACACAUUAAAUGAAAUCUCAAUACAAAGGUGUCUUUUUGAGUUUUAAAAGUGGUUUGAAAACCAGCUUAUCCAGAAAUUAUCCAAAGCCGAUUUAUGUGAAUCACACAUUUUCAGAUUUUCUCCAACCAGCCCCCUGUUACAAUGGCCGUAGAAUGUCCAAGUAAGCCCAUGUGAGAAAACAGCCGGAUUGGUCAGAAAAAUUCACAGCAAGCAAGUUGGCAUAACAUCCUAACACACGACAAACGCAAGCCUGGAAAAUAUAAACCAAAAAGAAUAUAAAUAGAGAGCUGUUGGUGAUGUGAAUGUGAAAUAUAAAGUGGCAAUCAGAAAUAUUCAACCCCCAAAAGAUUUUAAGGAUUUAUCAAUUAAAGUCUUUCAAAAAGCAAGAUUCUGCUCCGAAAGACUUCUUUUUGAGUCAACACAGAAAAUGCAUGAUGUAAUAGUUAUGGGUAACAGUAUAUUUUUUUAAGAUAGCCAUGUCACAAUUUUCUUCCCCUAAAUAUAAUAUUGUUGUUUUAUUGUCUGACAGUUUUUAUGGCCUAAAUUGGAGUUGAAACAUAAUUAAGCCUUUUUGGAACUCAAUGAUGAUCCUUCAUUUGCUUCAGCUGUGAUGUAUAUAUAAACCCCACUCAUGAAGGUAUUGUGAUUGAAACCUGGAAAUACAAGAGGCUGGAAACACAAAAUUUGUCUUUGUAUUUCAUAGGGGCUUUCUGCAGAAAGGGUCAACACAGAGUCACAAGGAUCUUAGAGUGAAGAUGGAGAACAGUGAAAUGCAAGGAUCUUUUAUAGGAGGACUAAGGCUAUCUCUCAGAACCAGUUUCGACUGGUUCUGUAGGUGCAGGUUAAGAGAAGAAUCUAAACACAGACAACUGAUGUACAUAUGUUACCUUUUGAUAAGCAAACCCACAAUCAGUUCUUAGGAUAGAAACAAGUGAUAAAAGGGUCUGAGAGUUUUCAGGUCCUGCACAGUUCAGACCAUAUAACAGUUCAGGUCAUAAAGAAUUUGGACAGGAUGUAUAUGUAUGUAGAUAUAGGUCAUAAAACUUACUUUUCAACUACAACAUAGGUUUCAACCAUACAUAGUUAUUUUUUCCACGUGAGUAUUCAAGGUGAGUAGCAAUCAGUGGAAAGACAAAGGAGCUUCCACAAAAGCUGACAGAGGAGAUUAUUUCAUCACAACUGAAGGGCCUUGGGUAUAGAAAGAUUUCCCAAAAAAUGUAAUAUUCCAAGAGACACCAUUGGGAGCAUUAUAAGGAAGUUUAAAUUUUAUGGAACAGUUGCAAUCCUGCCUGGCUGGGGAAGAAAGCCCAACAUUUCAUCAAGGGCCCUUAGUAACUUAGUCAGAACAACUAAGAAAAACCCCUGUGUGACUGCAAGACCCCUACAGGAUGACCUGAUGAAGGCUGGUACAAGAGCUUCAGCGGCAACAAUAGGAUGUGCACUGGCAACCCAGUCUUACAGAAAAUGUGUAGUGGCAAUGUUGGUCCACUUGGAAAGACGUUACCAUCUCACAUUCUGGCCUCUCAGAUUGUGAGAUUGGAACGUCUGUGUCCGCCCAUUGUUUUGCAUUGGUGUGUUCUCACGUCACGUGACUCCCAAUUUCCCGUCUGCGGAAAGGAAAACAUGGCAAAGAUUCCUUGUUUUUUCAGAUGAAAAUAUCAUUAUGUAACUUAGUUUGGGCAUAAAAAUACAUUCUGACACCAUUUCUAGCAAGAAAUGUGCUCUUUGCUUCCACAGUCUUCAGCCAGUUCAUGCUUAUGAUAUAUAUUUUAAGGGUUUUACUAAUGUUUUUAUCGUUGCUAUGAGGGUUGCUAUGAACGAUGCCAUGCCGAAAACCACGUCGUAGCGUGCUGUUUAAAUCACCUUCCCUGCGUUGUGUCAUUCAGUGAUCAUGAAUAAAAUUAAUAUUUGAUGAUAUAUUACACCUCUAAUGCGAAGAUCUAAGAAAUCCCUGUGACUCCGUUCAUACCAAGGCGGGCCCGAGUGCGCAUGCGUGAGUGGAUCAGUGUGACAUGUUAGUGUUGACUUUAAUAAAGUUAAAAAAUUAGAGAAGAAGUUCCUUGUCGUCUGUGAGGCUGGGACGUUGCAGUAUUUAUGCCUUUUGUGUGUUUGAUAAAUUUGAUAUUGACUAAUGAUGAACAUUAAGAUUAUUUUGCUUAUAACUUUGUAUUUGUAUUUCUGCUAUGUAAAGAGUUGUCUGUACAUACUGUUAAUCUUCAUGUGCCCUGUAAUAGCGAUGAAUAAAACAAAUCUGCUGUC